AAGAAGUGAAGUACUAGCACGCACGCACGGACAGCCGGAGCGCCCGGUGCGCGGUGCGAAGAGUGUGAGACAAGUGUAAGAAGAAAGAGGGGAAGCAGAAGAAGAGAGGGAAGGAGAGCAGGGGACCGUGCCGCCCUCUGUACUCAUGGACCAUAAGGAUAUUUAACCAUUUGCCCGGGGAGCGCACAGACACCGCAGUCCAUGCCUCUGCCUUGCCAGGUCAUUGAUGGGAAAUCAACUGGAUCGGAUCACCCACCUCAACUACAGCGAGCUGCCCACGGGGGAUCCGUCCGGGCUGGAGAAGGACGAGCUUCGGGUCGGCGUCGCCUACUUCUUCUCUGACGAAGAGGAGGAGGUGGACGACCGCACUCCGUCCGACUGCGGCUUCACCAAGGACCACAGCCCGGCCGAGGAGGGACCCUUCUCGGUCAGCGAGGUGGAGUACUCCGCCUUCUGCUCCCAGGAAUGCAUCUUCUCCAAGCUGCGGGAGAACGAGGACUUGAAUGUGUACUCGGCCAAAACUUUGCUGACUAUGUGCAAACCGGGGGACCUGCUGGAGCUGGUGACCACGGCGCAAGCCCCCCACUGGGCCAUCUACGAGCAGGACGACCAGGUGAUUCAUCUGCACAAGGGCGAGAUCCGCAAGGACAGCCUGCUUGAGAUCAGCAGCGGCCGCCACGGGAGGAUAGUGAACAAUCGGUACCGGUACCGACCGCUUCCUCCUGACCUAGUGAUGCAGAACGCAGCGGGACACCUGGGCCUGAGCAGCGAGGAGAUAUGCUGGACCAACUCGGAAAGUUUCGCAGCUUGGUGCCGCUUUGGGAAACGGGAGUUCAAAGCUGGGGGAGAGGCGCACUCGGCGGAGCAGCAGUAUUUCCUCAAAGUGCAUCUGUCCGGCAGCGGGGUGCACACUCUGGUCUUUCGCAGCCUGGAGGACAUGAUCCGGGAGAGGAGGCGAGUGGACGCCAGUGGAAUUCUCAAAGAGCUGUCUUUGGUUAACGGGGGCAAGGAGUGAUCAGGGAUUCCGUUUGAUAUCCUCUCCUCUACCCCCCCUCUCCUCCUCUCCUCUCCUCCUCUCUUUCCCCCCUCUCCCCCGCUGCGCACGGACGCACAGUUUUGCGCACAGGCAAACGUACUCGCACACACAAGCACACACACAUGCAAAAGGACCUGUUGGUUUUGGACUGUUUGUUACGGAUGGACCCCCGAGCUGCUGCUGCUGCUGCGUCUGGACCACAGGCGCUCUGUGGAAAUGCCAUCAAAAUUGCAAGAGUGUUGAAAACUGAGAGAGAGCGCGGCCAUACAAACAGACAACGCCCCUUCAGAUUCAGAAUUCGUGCUGAGUGGGACACACGAUUUCUGCCCCCCCAAACCCCCCCCAUUCCCCCCUCCUCCCCUUUGAACAGUGAAAUCACCUUUACAGACCGUACAUAGCGCACACGGCUCGGUUUGGUUUUCUGUUUAAUUUCUCGGGAUAAUGGAAGUGGCCCCCUCUCGGCGUAUAGGGCGCCUGCUGCGGCAGACCAGACGGUGAGAGAUGGGGGGGUGAAAAAAGAUGAAAGAUAGGAUCUGGGAUGGCUCUCGAAAAGUCUCCCUUCUAUUUUUUUACUGUUAGCUUUAAGAACCGGGACUGACCAUAACACAGAUCCACUAAUUCAUAGACCUCUGACAGUCCCCAGAUGGCUACGCAGUUGCCUAAACAAAGCAUUUGGCUUGUUCAAGCUCCCCCUCCUCUUUUCUUUUUGCCAUAACAAGAGUAUUGUCAUUUCCACAAUGCUGUCAUCCUGCUCCACAGCACUGGAUGUAUGUGUAAAUUGUAUUCAUAUAUAUUGAUUUGAACUUGAGUCCCUUAUUUUUGUAUUUAAGUUUAGUGGAUUUAACCCUGAUCUCUCUCUUUUUUUUUUUUUUUGGUUCAAAAAUAAA